GGCGGCGGAGGCGAUGGUGUGCACCAAGUGCGAGAAGAAGCUGGGGAAGGUGAUCGUGCCGGACAAGUGGAAGGAGGGCGCCAGCAACACCCUCGAGGGCGGCGGCCGCAAGAUCAACGAGAACAAGCUCCUCUCCAAGAAGAACAGGUGGACUCCAUAUGGAAACACCAAAUGCGUAAUCUGCAAGCAACAGGUGCACCAGGAUGGUAAAUACUGCCACACUUGCGCCUAUUCAAAAGGGGUGUGUGCAAUGUGCGGAAAGCAAGUUCUGGACACGAAGCUGUACAAGCAAAGCAACGUAUGAUGUUAUGACAUUGCCAGCUUAUAAGCUGUCAAGGAUAAUCCUGUACUCCUGUAGCUGUCUCUAUGUUUAACUUGUAACUUUGUAAGGGCAUGUACUCACGACAUGACUGUGGAAAGAUACUUCUAUGCGUUAAGAAAAAAACCAUUUACUUGGCUAACAAUUCUGUAACAUGAGCGGUUGUCUCCGAAAAUUCAAAUACAGGUACUUUUAUGACACAA